AUGGCAACAGGCAACUACACAGCUGUAGUGGAGUUCAUUCUGCAGGGCUUCUCGGAAGACCCCUGGAUCCGGGGCUUGCUCUCAGUCCUUUUCAUCCUCCUCUACCUAAUGGCCCUUGCAGGGAAUGGUCUCAUCUUUGCAGCCAUUAACCUGAGCCCAGGCCUGCACACUCCCAUGUACUUCUUCCUCGCCAACCUGGCCUUUUUGGACAUUGUCUGCACAUCCACUGUUCUCCCCAAAUUGCUGGAGAGCCUGGUGGUUGGGGUAGACACCAUCUCCUACAGGGGCUGCCUGGCCCAGCUCUUCUUCCUGACCUGGUUCCUGGGGUCUGAGCUGCUGCUGCUCACAACCAUGGCCUUUGACCGCUAUGUGGCCAUCUGCCGGCCACUGCAUUACAGUGCCAUCAUGAGCUGGUCGCUGUGUACACUGCUGGCCAUGACUGUGUGGACAGUUGGUGCACUCAACACAUCUGUGCACACGGGCCUUCUACUACGGCUGAACUUUUGUGGUCCGAACCACAUUGAGCACUUCCUGUGUGAUGUCCCCACGUUGUUGGUGCUGUCCUGCAGCCCCACAACCAUCAAC